AGAUGUAUUUUUUGUCGAUGAUUUUGUUUUAAAAGGCUUUACAAAUUGCAGUUGACAGAAAAGCGUGAGUUUUUUGUAUUUAGUGUACGUACGCAUUUGAAAUGUGAUAGAUGCAGACAGUAGUCUACUGGUAAAUACUAAACUGUGAAAUACGGGCUUCAGUAAAUCACAGUCACAAUUAAACAAAGAAAUAUUUUAAUUGUGGUCAGGUAUACUUACAAGGAAACAACUGACUUAUCGUGAACUGUUUGGAUUUAUAGCUGCACAUAUACAGGUGUAAAAGUGACAAGAAUCUUGUGUAGAAUUGAUUACAAAAGAAACUAUAAAUAAUCUUGGAUCUUGAUUGGAAAGUGGUACCAGUUGUUGUAGGAAAAGUAAUAACACUCUGUCUAGUGUAUGACACAUAUGUUUGUAGUACAUACAGAGAUAUCUGAUAGUUGAAUAUUCAAUGCAAUACGCAACAAAUAUUUUUAACUAGAUGAACUUUCCAGGAGUGGUAUCGGGCAUUCUAGAUAGCAUACACAUACCUGAUUCACACACAACACACACUGGAUUGAUGAACUGGGUUAUCGAAUAAUUAAUCUGUAUAGAAAUUAUUAUUUACACGGAGAAGUUUGACUAUUUUUGGAUGUCUGAAUGACAUCUGAGUGACAUGCAGUGAUUUCUUUCACCUGAGUGACAUGCGGCAGUUUCUUUCAUGUGUAUGACAUGCUACUGGUUCUGACGUCUGUGUGACAUGCGACUGGUUCUAACGUGUGACGUGAAAUACAGGUGAUGAGAACUGUGUGUAUUAUGAAGAGGAAACAUUAUUUUGAGAAGAAACGUCGUUGUUUUGCUGGAUUACCGUCGUUAUUUGGAUCAUGUUGUAAUUUUACUAAAGAAAGAUGUGACAGUCCAUUGACAUUAAAAAGCUACAGGAAGCAGACUAUGGACAGUCAGCUUUACUGUGAAAACCAUGUCCCAACACGACCGCAAACAGUUGUCCACCCGGCAACCACAGCAACAGAACCAGAAGAUGGGAAUUCUGAUUUAUUUGAGAUGUUAGAGAGAUUACAGGGUACAAGGAUAGACGAUCAACGCUGUGCUUUCUUUGAGGGUCCUGAUUUCUUCGACACAUUAUUAAAAUAUCAGAGUGCCCGUCUGGACGAUCAGAGAUGUUCGCUUCCAUCUAUUCACAGUUUACCACAGGUUCGACCAGAACCAAAACAUAUUGAGGAGGAAAAAACAUUAAUACAAGAAAUAUUGAAGAAACCUGGUCCGUAUCCUAUGGUAGUUAUACCGGAAGGUGUCGGGUAUUGGGUAGAUGGAGCGGAUCAUCAACUUCCUGUAAACUCAGACGGCUCACCAGUCCUACAGAAAUAUGAUCCUAAACAAAUCACCAUAGAAACAGAUGAAACAAGUAUUUGUUAUCGACAACAUUUUCUAGGGAAGGAACAUUUUAAUUAUUAUGCAGCUGAUGAGAGUCUUGGUCCCGUCGUAAUGUCUAUAAAGGCUGAGACUAAUCCAGAAGCUAUGAGAGUUAUUUUACGGACUAGAUUUGCUGUACACCAUGAAAUACUUCCUGUCAAUAAAGUAGAAAUUCCUAAUCCAGCUAAAAUAGCAAAAGCUGUGUGUGAUGAUAUAACAACAGAAAGAUUUCAUCCAGUUUUAUCCAUGAAGGGUUCUGAGUUAAUAGUUUUAUAUGAUGAACAUUUAUUAACCAGUACAUUUAAAUUUGGUCUCAUCUAUCAGAAGUUCGGUCAGACAACAGAAGAAGAAUUAUUUGGUAAUGUCAGUCACGGUCCAGCCAUGGAAGAAUUUCUAGAUUUAAUCGGUGACCAUGUUUCACUCAAACAUUUUAAAGGAUUCCGUGGUGGAUUGGAUACAUUACACGGUCAGACGGGCCUGGAAUCGUUGUAUACACAUUUCAAUAAUCGUGAAGUCAUGUUCCAUGUGUCUACUAUGUUACCUCAUACAGAUGGCGAUCCUCAACAGCUUCAGCGAAAACGUCACAUAGGCAACGAUAUUGUAGCGAUAAUCUUCCAGGAAGAAAACACUCCGUUUGUUCCUGAUAUGAUUGCUUCCCAUUUUCUACAUACAUAUAUCGUUGUUCAACCAAUAGAUUCUAAUACGGACCAUACUAAAUAUAAGGUAUCUGUGACGGCCAGAAACGAUGUUCCUACUUUCGGACCAUCAUUGCCUAAUCCAGCAGUAUUUGAAAAAGGACCGGAAUUUCGUGACUUUAUUCUGACCAAACUAAUCAACGCGGAGAUGGCGUGUUAUAGAGCAGAACAAUUCGCUAAACUUGGUGAAAGAACGAGAUCAUCAUUAUUAGACUCGUUAUAUCAAGAUUUACAGAAGAAGAAUUUUGAGAUGUUUGGGGGCUCGUUUUUAUCGGGGUCUAGCAAGGAAGGGAGUCGAUUAUUUGACACUGUUAAACGAGCGUUUAGUGGUAAGGGAAGGAGUCAGUCAUUUGAAUCGAGUCUAUCAGGAAGUCGACGUUUAAAUGGAACACCGUCAUCGUUACCAACUGUAGGUGAAGAUGAUAAAAGUCUUAAAUCACCUGUGAAAAAGUCUCCGUCUAAUUCUAGAAAUGUUGCGAAACAAUUUUCAAGUUUAGAGAAGAAAAAAGAUAAAAGUAAUCGUCUAGAUAGUCAGAGCACGAAUUCCUCAUAUGCUACAUGCAGUACACCACCUAGUCCACAAUCUAGUCCAGGCAGUAUAUCUUCUUCUACCAGAAUAAAUAACAGUGGUAUUCAGAUCUCUCCAUCUAAUUCUGAGAGUAGUUUUAACAGUAUUGAUGACUUUACGCCAACAACACCCAACAGUUAUAAUAAUAAUACUAAAACUAGUAAUAAUAAUAAUAAUAAUAAUCACAGGCAUCCACAUCCUCAUGAUCAUGAAGACUCGGAUACAGGCAUGGACAGCAUGUCGUCGACAGGUACACCUAAUAACGUCAUCCGAUCAUCCAUAUCUAAUACUUAUAAUGAAGAUGGUAGCUGUGUUUUCUCAAUGGAUGCUGACAGUAUUGAAUGUUAUAUCAGACACAUUGAAAGAUUAAAAGCAGAGAUUCAUAAAUUAAAAUGUGAAAAAUUGGAUUUGCUCCGUCAAAAUGUUUCAAGUCAAAAGGAGAUAAAGAAAUUGCGUGAACAGGAAUAUCGUUUAGUGAAUGAACUUGCCACGGCAACGCAUCAACUCAAACACAUGAAAAUACCACUGAUUGAAAUUAGUGCUGAGGCCGCAGUUUAAACGGGAAAAAUAAUUUGAUUAUUUAAAAAAAAUGUGAAUGUUGUUAUUUGUUUUGUUAAUGGUUUGUGAAGAUCCUAUUUUAUUUUAUCUUUUCGUGUUUUAUAAAAUUAGUGCUGAGACUUGAGACAUACAAGUGAAUAAUGACUCAAUAGAUAAUUUAGGUCAUGAAUAAACUGUGAAAUGUAUGAACCCUGCUGCACCAAUCGGGUGAAUGAACUGUGGAGAUAAUACAACUAGGCCGACAACAGAUGAACAUUGGAUGUUUUUUUUAAUCCUUGUAAAAUUAUCGUGCGUCUGAAUGAAAAGAAGUGCAACAGGUUUUCUGGACAGAAAGUUCUGUUUAGGAAACCCUGGCUUCAUUGGACAAAGUGAAAUUUCCAGAUUAUUUCCAAAUUAUAUUUUAAAAGUGGCAUCAGGUGUUUUGUAAGUGAUGAAUAACAGGUGAACAAACAGGUGAACAAACAUAAGAGACUGAAAGUUUCUCUAAGAUUGGAUAACGAUGAACAUAUAAACAUUUAUGUUAAAGAAAAUGUUUUGUCCGAAAGAAUUUCAUUGGAGUGACACAGAAUCCCAAGUUCCGAUGUGGCAAGACAUGACUUAAUCAAAUACGUGAAUUACGUUUCACCUGUUGUGAUUGGUGGAGAUAGUUUCAUAUUCAGUCGCCGUCUGCUUUCUCGCCCAAUAAAAUAAGCUACCUGUAGGCCUAGCUGGUUGAGUGUUAUCGUCUCGAUAUCGUGUAGGCCCAUUUGAGAGUGAUCUUCUCAAUAUCAUGGAGGCCCAUUUGAGAGUUAUUGUCCUGUAGGCCUUCCCAAUAUCAGGUGUAUGAGUGAAAUCAACCAGAUUGCCUGUAUAUGAGAGUUAUCUUCUCGAUAGCCUGUAGGCCUAUAUGAGAGUUAUCUUCCCGAUAGCCUGUAUAUGAGAAUUAUCUUCCCGAUAUCCUGUAUAUGAGAGUUAUCUUCCCGAUAGCCUGUAUAUGAAAGUAAACCUUAUUAACUACUUUACCUUUUUAAUUAUAAAUACAAUCCUGUUGAUAAAUCAAAUUCUAACAAGUGUGUGCAAGAAAUGUGACUAUUUUUGUUAAUUCAGAAAUUAAAAUGAAAAUGUGUAUGUAUUGAGAAAUUUCUUCAUAUGACAAAACGUGUAUAUACUUUAUUGUAACACAAAUUGGUGCACAAGAUGAAAAAAAGAAAAACUGAUUUCAAAAGCUAUGUGUGAGGAUGAAAAGAAGUGUGUACAUCAUCCAUUUUUCAUGGAUUCUGUAGAAUUAGAAUUCCUUAAAAUGGAUAUAAAAUAAUCUGAUUUAUAAGAUUGUUAUGGUUACAGAUAAUUAACGGACAUUUAUUGAGUGAAAUAUUUGUAUUGAGGCAAUAAUUUUAUUGUUAAGAAUGGGUAGCCUACAGUUAAAACGUUUAUUUUCUAGAGAAUAUUACAAACGAAGGCCUACAAAAAAUGUUCUCAUGAACAAUGAUUAGAUUAUAAUAUGGUCACAGGGUUUAGAAUUUAUUUUAUUUGAACAUGGUGCAUAUUAAAUAUAAUACAUAGUGCAAUAUCAAAUAAUUCUACUGGUCUUUAUAUCGACAUGUAACACCUGAACUACAGACGGAGGUGGGAACAACGUAUCCUGCAACUCUAGCUGCCUCAAGUUCAACUUAUUUCUCACGACUUGAGUCGCUGUGAGAGGAUAUAACUCUAACUUGCUGACUAAUUAAUUUGAUGAAUUGGCAUUUUGAACACGACUUGGGCUUUUUGAAGAUUUGGGACUCGACUCAGACUCGAAGAGCUUCAACUUGGGACUGCAGGUGCCACGAUUUGUUCCCACCUCUGCCUACAGACCUUUCAGACGGAUGAGAUGUCACAAUCAGGGUAGAUAACUCUCCCAUGCAUGUUGUAUAAUUAUCGAAUGUAUACAUUUUCUUGUAUCAGUCUAUUAAAUAAUUAUUAUAUGGAUUAGAUACUCAAAUUGAAAAUAUUUAGUAAGGAUUCUGAAUUCUGAGUGAAAAAAAGAAUUAAAUUGAAAUUCUGAGAAUAUCAAUAUCAGUGUAUAGUUCAGAAUGAAAUGAUUCUUUUAAACAUACAUUAUGCAAGAGCUAAAUCUGCCUAUUGCAGGUCUUUCUUUAGGCCUGAAAUGUUAUCUAAAUUAUUAAUUAGACAUUAACUUAUCCAGACCAUAAUCAACUCCAGAUGUCCCCGCUAGCCUGCGAUAUUUAGUGGAUUAGGAUCCGAUUUGCUGCUCACCUUUCAUUCAUGAUUAAAUCAUGAAAUGGAUAAUCGAGACUAUGUUUUUAUCGUACCGACUUUUGUAAUGAUAAUCGAGGCUAGGCCGAAAAUUCAAUCGCUAAAUUCUUGGUAAAGAGUGGAUCAAUCUGACUGAAAUUUUCAGCAAAUUCCCUUUACAUUAUCUAGAAUUUAAUUAUAAUAGUGAAAACUGCCAGCUCUUUAUGUAAUCUCUCAUAAUGUAUCUUUAAGCUAGUAUUACAAAUGUUAAAAAUGAAUGACUAUGUUGCUAUGGUGAUGUAAAAUGUAGAUAUUUUGAAUAUUAUAGGUACCUGUAUUAAAUCAUAAAUUAAUUAUUUUGUAGAUAAAACUUGGUGUAGAUAAACAAAUUGUAGAUUAUUAUUAAAUUCCAUUCUAGUCAUAAAUUGUAAUUAAUGCUUAUUAUUUGUUGUUUGUUUACGAGUUUCUGAUGUUAAGAAAACCUUGAGAUUUCAAAUUGUUUCAAAUUAAAAGUUUAUUAUAUUUAUUAUUUUACGAGGGUAGACGAGGGUAACACCCUGUUUCAGUGUUUGCUUGCUAGGCAUUUAAUUUUUAUUAAAGAUUCAUGGAAGUGUCUAUAAAUUUCUUAAUUAUGGUGCUUCUUGGCAAGAUUCUCCUUUAAUUACAAAAGGUCCAUGUGCCUUUAUCUUUUUUUGUUCCGCUAAAAAUAUUCCCUGCUUAUUUCAUGUUUAAAUCAAAUCAUUUUAAAAUCAAGAAAAGGCUCAAGUCAAAAUAUUUCUUGAAUUUAUCAUUUUGAAAAAAAGGAUAAUUGUGUAAAUAUUGUAAAUGGUUGUAUAUAGAUGUAAAUUGUUUGUAAAUAAUUAUAAUUAUAUGUUCGUCUUAGUUGGGUUUUAAUCUUUCACGUCUCCCAGACUUUCUGCCAAACAAUUUAUAUUUCCUUCUCGGUUUAUUUCUUGAUUGAAGUUUAACAAUUUUCUUGAAAUAAAACUCAGGAUUGUUGUUUACAAUGACAAAAGAGAGGUUAAUUAUUCAAGUACUAGGAAUAAAAUUGCCGCGUGUCUCGUUCGAUUCUUUGAUUGUUAAAUGAACAAUAAAGUUUCACUAAAUUGGAAAUUUGAAACAGAAAAAGUUUGUCUCUAAAAUAAAAUUCAAGAUUUCUUGGUUUUUUAAGUAUUAAUUUGAUAAACUUGUUCUUACAAAAUAUCCACCUAUGUCACUUGAUAUUUUCACAAAUUGUUGUCCUUUUUAUUAUUUUUGACAUAUUAGAUUCCUUGAUGUAAUCAUACUUUGCAAAAGCUGACAAAUAAAUCUUAAAAUUUACAAUUUUUUGAUGUAAUCCAUACUUGACAUGACAGAGGCUGUAAACGAAUGUACCGUAGUUUGAUUUUGAAUGCAAAGCUGAUAAAAACGACCCAAAAUUGACGGAAAUUAAAUUCAUUGGAAAAAAGUCUGGAAUAUAUGAAGAUUUUUCUCUUCUUCAUUGUUUUUUGUGCCAUAGUAAAUUUUAAUUUUCUAUUUUUUUUUUUUUUUUAAUUCGUUUAAUAUUUAAGACAUAAUUGUUUUGUUAAAGAUAAAUAUUUAAUUUGAUCUUUGUCCACCAAGAUUUAAACAAAAAUUAUUUUUAAUAAAUCAGCAGAGGAUAGAAAUUGUAGCUAAAAUAUUAUCACAAAGCUAGCUGAAAUUUAAAAAGUUUAAGGUAUUGCAAAUAAAGUUCAAGAUUAGGGAUUAUUUUAUUCUAAGAAAUUUUUCAUUAUUUUUGGCUUAUAAUUUAGAUAUUGUGAUAUUUGAUUAAAUAACAAAAAUAAAUAAAGUUCCAGAUUAGGAAUUAUUUUAUUCUAUGAAAUUUUUCAUUAUUUUUGGCUUAUAAUAUAAAUAUUGUGAUGUUUGAUUAAAAUAACAAAAAUAAAUUUAAAAAAAAAAACAACUUAAAUUUGUCAAGAUCUUAAAAAAAAAAUUGUUAAAUUAUAAUUGUUCAUUGAUUGAAAUUUAAAUAAAUUUUAAAAAAUUGUUUGAGCUUUUAUGUACUGUGUUUAUUAUUUCUUAAUGAUCCAAGUUCACCUGAUAUCCCAGUCUUAAAUCAGUUAUUAUCGGUAUGAAUAGUAUUGAACAUAUGUUUUAACCCAGAAAAUUUUCUAAUUUGGUAAUAAAACCACAAUUAAACAUACAUUAUGCAAGAGCUAAAUCUGCCUCUUGCAGGUCUUUCUUUAGGCCUGAAAUUUAUUAACAUGACAAGACCAUAAUCAACUCUCCGAUGGCAUCGGAUAUCUCCGAUAUUAAGUACAUUAGAACCAUUCAGCCAUAUUUUGAUUUAAUCUAUAAAUGGUGAAGCGAGGCUAAGCCUCGAACAACCAGUGCGGUGGUUGCAAUUAAUGCACACAUCUUGUCAAACCAUCAAAAGCUAAUAUCUUCGCUCGCCAUGGAUUAAUUUUAACGAAAUUUUCAAUAAAUUCAUUUUGCAUUAUCUAUUUUCGAACUAUUAUAGUACGAAUGGCCAGCUCUUUAUCUAAAUCUUACAUAAUGUAUCUUUAAUAUAACGUUUGGACUUUGAAAAAAUAAGAUGCAUGCAUUGACUAACAUGUCUCAAAGAUUUAAAACAUACUGGUAAAUUGAAACAUCAAAAAGGAAAUAACACUGUCGAUGAUCAAUAAAACAUAUAGUUAAAUGAAUGAAUCUAUAAUUGAGAUAUUGAAGAAAUUCUUGGUAAUUCAAGAAAUUCUUGGUAAUUC